GUGGCCUCCCUUCCGCUCUCAUGUGAAGCCAGCCCUCUCUGUGUCUUCAGGCCUUUCAGACAAUCUCAGCACCAACUAGAGACAUGCGAAGGGAAGAGCGGCUCUAAAGAGAGGAAGAGGAGCCAGGGCUGACCCAAGAUGCCUUCAACUCACGAACAGCCAUUCGGGCACAUGGAGGCGCCCCCCACGUCUGAGACAGCCUUGUGGCCCCCGCUGCCGUGUGGCCCCUGCAUCCCCAUCAUGCUGGCCCUGGCCUCCCUCGCCGCCUUCUUCAUCCUGACUACAGCUGUGUUGGCCGAAUGUUUGUUCCGCCGCUCUCUCCGCCCAGACCCUGGGAACCAUCGCGCACCCACCCUGGUCUGGCGCCCUGGAGGGGAGCUAUGGAUUGAGCCCACAGGCACUGCCCGAGAGCGCUCUGAGGACUGGUAUGGCUCAGCAGUCCCCCUGCUGAUGGGCAGGGCCCCAGACCCUCCCAGCCCUGGGGGCACUUUGGAGGCCCGAGCAAGCGCCCCACUUGCCCCUUUAUCCCCACACUCUGCUCCCAGCUCCUUGGUUCUCCAGACCCCACCUGAGGCCCCAGCCCAAAGCACCUUCUGGGGACCCCAGUCCCAGGAGGAGAGGUCCCAUGCCGCAGGCCUGGUGGGUUGGGCCGAGCCUGAGAGGAGGUCAGAGGUCAGCAUGCAGUUUGGGAGCCCUCAGGCCUGGAGGAAGCGGCCAGGGAGCCCUGAGCCUGACUGGGGACUCCAGCCUCGGGUCACCCUGGAGCAGAUUUCAGCGUUCUGGAGGCGGGAAGGUCGGACCAGUGUGGGGUUCUGAAUCCCCAGAGCCUGUGGGACUGGCCUCCCAGAGACCCCUGCAGAAGGCCCCACAUCCAAGGGACCAUAAGACCCCAAGCUUCAGCUUUCAGGCUGGUCCUGAGGCUGCCCCCGGGAAGACAUUCCUCUCAGGCCUUUUAUGCCUGCAUUUCAAUUCUCCUGUGCUGGAGAGUGGGCAGACUGAGUGUGGACAGAGUGUGUGCUACAGGGAACCCCAGCAGUGCCUCUGCUUAAUUCUCUGAGCUGUGGCUCAGAAAACCGGAAGUGUGACUGACUUGGCAGAAAGCUCCAAGACUGUAUUCCAGAAUUAAGAACUGAAGGUAACAGACAGGAAAUAGCGUUAACCCAGCCACUUCCACCUUCCAAGAGUGUUUGCCUAAGAUGCCCUAUGAAAGCAAAGAGUCCCAUGGAUACUGACAAGUGGCCUGGAUGUGGGAUGUCAAGUAUCUGUUGUGUUGGCAGGACAUGACAGGAAUCCAGCCUCCCAAAGCCACAAAUCUCAUUCCUCCCCAUCUACUCUGUCCCCGAUUACUGUGAGGUCCUCAGGAAAACGCAGAAGACAGGAUCAAGCAAAGGAGCCUUUUAUAACAUAUGAACUAUGACUUUGAUUUUCAAAUGGCAACAAGGAACUUACUGAGCCAAGCUGGAGGGCCCUGCUCUUGCUUGGAGUUGGGACUUAAAGUCAAAGAACAGGUUCCUCUGUCCAUCUGCUUAUGGCUGAUGCCUCAGCCCUCUGAUCUUACCACUCCAGGGUGAGGAAAUCCUGGGCAAAGAAGAACCCAAUUUGGUCCAACUUGGAAAGGAGCCUUUCCAAAAUGCAACCUCUGGUCAUCUUUCCUCUUAGCUUUCUGGAUAGUCCAGACAGACAGAUUUGCCUCAAGACAGGCUUACCCUACUAACUGAUCUCCCCUUUAGGAGAGAGCUACUGGUGGUGAAUUUGUAUUCCCUGGUUUUUUAAUCUCUCAAAUUUCUGUCAGGAUUAUUGGGAUUUUUGCUAUAUUGCAUUGUCAUACACUUUACAUUUUUCUUUAAACUAUUUACUUAAUAAAUUUACUUUUA